CACAGUGAAUGAGCCGCACGCGUACAUCGUCCACUCCACAUACACACGCGCGCGCGCGCAUACACACAGACGCACAGACACAUAGACACACACAGUGACCCUGCUGAAAGAGUGAAGGCGGCGAAGAAGGAGAGCGAGUGUUUACAGCAUCAUGCUCGACUGACUGAUCGUCGACGCUCCGAAAUCAAUGGAUUGGUUUUGAAAUCGUUUUCCUGAAAAGAAGAAGUAGUAGAAGAAGAAGAAAACAAAAGAAGAAAUCUGCUUCUGUGGGAGGUUUGUGGAGAGAGCGCGCUGUGCGGAGAGCGAGUGACAGAGCAAGAAAGGGAAAGAGAGAGAUAGAGAGGGAGGGAGGGAGGCAGAAAGACAGUGUUUCCUCAAUAUGGAACUUACAAUGGAGAACAUCGGCAACAUGCAUGGCGUCUCGCACUCACAAGCGGGAGAAUUGAUGAACGCGUCGCACGGGAGACCGUCAUCAUCAGCGUCCCACCGGAACCUGGUGUCGCACGGGCGCUCAGCGAUGGUCUCCAGCAUGGCUUCUAUUCUGGAGGGCACCGCCGGCGAGUACCGGCCAGAACCAGCACUAUCGGGCCACCUGCACCCAGCGAUGAGCAUGUGUGAGUCAGGCAUGAGCCUGUCCAACACUUACACGACACUCACUCCGCUCCAGCAUCUUCCUCCGAUCUCGACCGUGUCAGACAAGUUUCACCACCCGCACCCGCACGCGCACCAUCACGCCGCGCACCAGCGUCUCGCCACGGGCAACGUGAGUGGAAGCUUCACGCUCAUGCGAGAUGACCGCGGCCUGGCCUCCGUCAGCAACCUGUACGGACACUAUCCUAAAGACAUGUCCGCUAUAGCGCCGCCCUUGUCGCCGCUGUCCAACGGGCUCGGAUCUCUGCACAACUCUCAGCAGGCUCUGUCCGCGUACGGGCCGAGCGCGCACCUCACCAACGACAAGAUGCUCUCCGGUGGCUUCGAUUCGCAUGCGGCGAUGCUUUCGCGUAGCGAGGAACACAUAGCCCGCAGCCUGGGGGGCCACGGACACGGCAUGAUCUCCAACCUGAACGGUAUGCACCCCCACGGACACCUGCACUCGCAGGCCAACGGAUCCAUGUUGAGCGAGCGCGAGAGGCACGCGGCCGCAGGCGGGCACGGCGUUGGCGGGAACGGUGGUGGCUCGGGCCAAGUGGAGGAGAUCAACACGAAGGAAGUGGCUCAGCGCAUCACGGCCGAGUUGAAGCGCUACAGCAUCCCGCAGGCCAUUUUCGCGCAGAGGAUCUUGUGCCGAUCGCAGGGCACCCUGUCGGACCUGCUGCGCAACCCGAAGCCCUGGAGUAAACUGAAAUCCGGGCGCGAGACCUUCCGGAGGAUGUGGAAGUGGUUACAGGAGCCCGAGUUUCAGAGGAUGUCCGCGCUCAGGUUGGCCGCCUGCAAAAGGAAGGAGCAGGAGCAGCACAAAGACCGCAACCUGGCGCCCAAAAAACAGCGGCUGGUCUUCACCGACCUGCAGCGCCGCACGCUCAUUGCCAUCUUCAAGGAGAACAAGCGGCCCAGCAAAGAGAUGCAGCUCACCAUUUCGCAACAGCUCGGACUGGAGCUCUCAACCGUGAGCAACUUCUUCAUGAAUGCCCGCCGUCGCUGCGUCGACCGCUGGCACGAAGAACCCAGCACCAGCCCUGGGCAGCCCGGCACCUCAGCCACCACCUUCUCCAAGGCUUGAACGUCCAUCUAAACUCAUACACUGAAACCUGCUUGGCUGGGCAUGGCUGAUACUGGAUGCCCUGGUUGUUGGACACCAGACGCCCGUGAUUGGUGAUAGGAGUGUCUGCGGGCUCUGUCUUUUAGCCUGUGUGUUUUUAUUUUAGAAUCUAAAAUUCACUUUAGGAUGCAAUGAAUGGAAGUUAUUUUCAAUGACAUUUCUCAUUUUCAUGUCAUUUGUCCAAGAAGGCCAAAGGCCUGGUCUGAGGGGAGGCUUGAUAUUUAAGCCUCAAGCCUUCAGUUCUUUUCGCCCUUAAUUUUUUUAGAGUUGCACCAGGUGAACCAGGAUUUGUUUUUGUCUCUUAACUAGGUAGUAACAAAUAAGGGAGAGAUGGCAAUAAGUGUCCUGGUGCGUGCCCCUAUAGUUGUGAUCAAUCAGUAGUUCUGCUCAAAAUCUUUAAUCAUAUUCAUUUUUUGUACAAAUCUGAUCUUUGAUUAUCAGAGUCGUGGGGACUGGCUGUGAGAAUUUACACGAAAAUGGAGUUUUGCGCGUUACAAUCAUGCCUCAGACGCGCCACUCGUCUAAAUUCUCUUGCCACGUUUCCUGUCCCGAUUUUCUCGAUCGCGUCUCGGUUUUGUUCACUGCCAGCGUGGCGCCGUGCUCUUGCUUCAGCACAACGACAAAAGGGGAUGGGGAAAGAAUCAAUCAGUCCUCUGAGCCGGCGCCUACAGAAUCAUUUUUUUUCACGCCAAGGGGCCGGGCAGAGCGGUCCACAUGCACAGAGCAACGGCGCCAUCUCCUGGACAACAGCCAACAUCCACCUCCGAGUUUUCUUUUCCAACUCCUGCAGUCUGAUAGUCUCACCUGUGUUAUGGGGGCCAACCAAAGUUUCACAACGCCCAAAUGCCAAAUAAUCUCCUUUUUUUUCGCAUGAGUUUUGAUAUUUGUAUCCAAGGGAUUUUUUUUCCUCUUUGAUUUACCAAAGAUAAAAAAAGAAGAAACAAUCAUGAAUCAGAGGGAGUAGGGUAGAGUUCAGCUGCUGCUUGCUUUUUUCUCUGCAUGGAGGAAGGCAGUGUCUAGUGGCCAAACGUGAAGGUAAAAUGUCACUGUAUGAUUGAGUGCCAAUGACAGAUGCCUUAAUGAUAAUCACGGAAGAUGGUGUGGCUCCGAGCCACUCUGUCUCCUCCCAAAAAAACCCCUCUCUUCCCUCCCUCCAGUCUCUAAAGUAACAGAGGAACCGACAAAUCAUGCAAGGCCGCUCAUUCUCAACAUGAAAAUGUGUUGAAUUAACGUCACAAGGUUAAAACCAUACCAAAAAUAUGAAAUGUAAAUAUCUUCUCUUCUUUCUUUCUGUCUUUCUUCCUUCCUUCCUUUUCCCCAUCCCACUCUCCAACCUCCUUUACACCCUACAUGUCUUCUUCUUUCUCUCCUUUCCUCUAUAAUAAUGAUGCGGGUAUUUAGUACCAUAGACACAAAGUUUCUAUUAAAUGUAACUCUUUGUGCUCUGUUGUGCAUAAACUACAAGUGAAGAAGCACCUUGUUAAUGAAGUUGCGGAACAAACAAACUCUGAGAAAGACAAACUGCCGAUAUCAGAGACAGAAAAAAGGGUUGUUGUGUAUACCGGAACAGGACAAUGUUUGUGAAAAAAUGGACUCCUGAAACUGGAGCGACCUCUGAACUUCAACCUCUCUGAGAUCAGAUCUGUAACAGUGUCAUGGCUACAGAAGGAUAACUGCACGCCAUCGGGCUGGAUGCUGGAUUACAUUGAGUUCACAAGUGGCUGUCAUCAACAUACCUGAAAUUUUCAUUUUUAAAAUUAGAGUGUGAAUGUAUUGUACGAAAAGGCCAAAGUUAUAUUUGUAGCAUCAAACAGGAAAAGUUCACACACAAAAAUCAAGAUCAGUGACCAAGUCUAGAGCCAGCUAGAGCCAGAGAGGUUCAGAGGUUUUCUUUUCUUCUUCUUCUUCUUCUUCUUUCUUUUUUUCUUUUCUUUUCUUUCUUUCUUUUUCUUUUCUUUUUCUUCUUCUUCUUCUUUUUUUUCUUUUUCUUUUUAAAAAAAGCAAGGUUCUUAAACAAUGUUGUUUCAAAGUCAAAAUGUGAAAAAAAAUCUGAACAUACACACAUCGUUUGUAGUGAGAACCAGUGCGGCUACCUCACAGAAUAAUAGUGGCACAUGGGACACAGCCACUGAUACCAAAGAUAUUUCAGCCUGCCAGUUCUACCAAACCACACUCAUUAUUGCUGUACUCCAUUUCUCCAUGUCAUCACACACACACACACACACACACACACACACACACACACACACACACACACACACACACACACACACACACACACACACACACACACACAAUAUUAAUGUAGCGACAAACAAUAUUUCGUUGUUAUUACAAUAGCACACAAACAGAAUUUCUCUCAUACACACACACACACACACACACACACACACACACACACACACACACACACACACACACACAAU